AUGGGCAUGGAGCCUCGCGCAUCUUUCCAAGCAGUGCUCUUUGCGGCUUUGCUAAACUCAGUCGUUUCAAUGACCGACGACAUGGUGCAAGUCCAGUUUGGUGUUGAAAAGCAAACCAUGAUAGACAGCUUCAGGGAAGGGACGGAGGCAGCGCUUGCCCGAGCCAACUUCCUAAGGACUACAAAAUUGGAGACAAUUCAGGCUUUCGUGAUGUACCUCAUUCCGCUAUGUCGCAACGAAGUAUCUCGCGCCCACUCUGCACUAACUGGGUCACUUAUUCGCUUGGCUGAAUGUAUGGGUUUGCACCGGGACCCGACGACCUACAGCUCCUCGCCGGUUGAGAUCCAAGUACGGCGCCUCAUAUGGUACCAAAUAUGUUUUCUGGAUCUACGUACUUGCGAAGCUGUUGGCCCACGUCCGCAAAUCCGGCUCGACGACUAUGACACUCGCUUUCCGCUGAACAUUGACGAUGUUGAUCUCGACCGUGCUGAGCGUGGCGAGGGCGGAAUAGACGUCAGUAAAGAUCGCAAUCACUUCACCGACAUGACUAUCAGCCUCAUGCGAUUUGAGGGAUACGAGAUGCAUCGCUUCCUUUGGACCGAGCGUCCCAAACUGGAUCGCAAAUGCGCUGACGGGAAGAGCGAAGUCACAAUCACUUCGCUUCUGUCGCGUGUUCAGUCAUUCCAAGCGGCUAUGGAAAAGAAGUACCUUCCCAUGCUGUCCAAGACAGAGCUAUUACACGUUCUAGCGUCGGAGCUAUACGGCAUCGUCUCGAACCGCUUGUAUAUUUCCAUCUUACAGAAGUACAUUACUUCUGCUCGCAGCCGAAUGCCGGAGCGAUUACGACAGUUGACACUAAGCGCAGCGACCAUGAUUCUGGAACAUGGCAUGGCAAUUGAGCAGCAUCCAGUGCUAUCCUCCUGGGCAUGGAUCGUCGGUGCUCUCCAUCAACAUCACUGCGCGCUUCUUCUCGUGAGCGAGAUUUACGUAGCAAACCCGGAACCAGCGAUGGAACAACGAAUAUGGAAAUGUCUGGACUACUCGUUCAAUUUACCCACUGGACUAUCCAACGUUGAGAAAACGAGGAUGGUUUUGGAAGAGCUCGUCGGCAAGACGAAAGCCUACUCUGCCUUGAAAAGAGUUCGUGUUCCUGCCGACAUGCCGCAAGCAGGCCUGGAGCCUCGACAACGCGUACAGAGGAAGGAGGGUGGACGUGAUGGAAGCACGCAGUCGGAGCCGAGUACUUCUGGUCCACUUUCGCAUUUACUGAACGGCAAUGCAAACCUGCAAAAUCUCGUACCGCCUUCGCCGUCACCACCACAGACUUCUCAGGUUCAGUCCACGUUAGUACCCAGGCUCAACACAUUUCCUGGCGCUAUGCCGACUGUAGACUGGGGUACCAUCGACAUGCCGGCGACAGUAUCUGUUUCAACCUACGACGUCAUUCCUGGGAAUAGUCCAGGCAAUCUGAUGCCAACCACCGCUCAGCAAGGUGAAAGUAGUAACAGUAGUCCGAACUCUACCAUGUACGAGGGUGGAAUAGCAGCUGGUUCUAACGGUAACACUGCGAUGGACGCUAUCAACGACAUCGAUUGGAAUGAUAUCGAAGAGAUGUUCGGUGAUGCUGAGGUGGGGGCGGGCAAUAUGCUUAUCCCGCCUUUCGCAUUUCCGUCCUUCUCAGCUUCGAACCUGCAGUGGCCGGCUUCGGGUCGAAUGCAGUAA